CGUCUUUUCCAUUGAAUCAGGCGGCUUAUAGUUAGUUUACCUUGUACUCAAUUACUUCAUUAUUAUAUAAUACUCAUUCCAGGUCUUUGAUUUUAAAGACUUCGACUACUUGUUAUAUAUCCUGCUUUUGUAAUCCCUGUUUCAUUAUCAGUUCAUUCGAUUGGCUUGUAUUUUUAAAUCUCGAUUGAUAGAGAACAGAAAGGGAAAGAUAGAAAAAAAGGAUUGAAAAUGGAAGAAGUCGGUGUUUCUGUUGCUGUAAAACUUGCAGAGUACUUGGUCGAUCCCAUUGUUCGUCCAAUUCGUUAUUUCUGGAACUAUAAAAGCAACUAUAAGAAUCUCGAGGCAGAAGUUGAAAAGCUCAAGGAUGCUAAAGAAAGGAUACAUCAUUCAAUUGUUGAUGCUAAAAGAAAGGGGGAAGAGAUUGAACGUGAUGUUGAAAAUUGGCUGAUUAGGGCGAACGAGACCUUUGAUGAGGCAGGGAAGGUCUUUGAAGAUGACAAUCAAGCAAACAACCGGUGUUUCAAGGGGUUGUGUCCAAAUUUUAAGGCACACUAUCGAUUUAGCAAGGAAGCAGUAAGGGAGGUGGAGGCUGUUGUUGAACUCCUGGAAGAAGGGAAAUUUAGCAGAGUUUCGUUCAAACCCAUUCCAGAGGAGAUUUGGCCACCUAUCAAGAGUUACGAGGUCUUUGAAUCAAGAAUGUCCACUCUGAAGAAUAUAUUGAAUGAGUUAAUUAAUCCUGAUGUUAACAUCAUUGGGGUGUACGGGAUGGGUGGCGUUGGCAAGACAAUGCUAGUGAAGCAUGUUGCCCGAGAAGCCAAGAAAAACAAGCUUUUUGAUGAGGUAGUUUAUGUUGUUGUAUCCGAGGAUCUAGAUGUAAAAAAGAUUCAAGGAGAAAUUGCAGAUGAAUUAGGUCUGGAAUUCUCUGAGGAGAGUGAAAAUGGAAGAGCCAGGAGGCUUCGUGCACGGUUGCAGAGAGAGAAGAAGGUCCUUAUCAUCUUAGAUAAUAUUUGGAGGCAUCUUGAUUUAGAUGCAGUAGGAAUUCCUUUUGGAGAGGCUCAUAAGGGGUGUAAAAUAUUGCUUACGUCCAGAAGUCAAGAGGUAGUGUCAAAUGAGAUGGAUUCUCAAAUUGAUUUCUCGGUUGGAGUUCUAAAUGAAGAAGAAGCUUGGCUUCUGUUUAAGAAGAUGACAGGAGAUUAUAUCGAAAACAAUGAUUUGCUAUCUGUUGCUAAGGAUGUGGUCAAGGUAUGUGCUGGUUUGCCCAUUGCCAUUGUGACAACUGCAAGGGCAUUAAGAAACAAGAGUGUAUCUGUAUGGAACGAUGCCUUGCUACAACUGAAAAGGCCUUCUCCGGGAAAAUUCAUCGGAAUGCAAGUGCCUUAUUCAACUAUAGAGUUGAGUUACGAUCGGUUAGAAGAUGAAGAACUCAAGUCAACCUUUUUGCUUUGUAGUCUAAUGGGAUUUAACUACAGUGCUUUAAUUACAGACUUGGUGAAAUAUGGAAUGGGUUUGCGUUUAUAUGAAGGCAUCAAUACAAUGCAAGAAGCUCGGGACAGGGUAUAUACCUUGGUCUAUAAACUCAAAGCUUCCUGUUUGUUGCUUGACAGUUCUACCAGCGAAAAGUUUGCAAUGCACGAUCUUGUUCGUGAUGUUGCUAUAUCAAUUGCACGCAGAGACCGAAACAUGUUUGCAGUGAGAAAUGAGGUUCUUCCAAAGGAUUGGUUAAUCAAUGUACCAAAAAAUUGCACUGCAAUGUCCUUACGUAGUAAUGAUAUCAGUGAGCUUCCUGAGGAGUUGGAAUGUCCACAUCUUCAAUUUUUCUAUGUAUACAGCAAGGAUCUUUUUUUGAGAAUUCCAGACAAUUUUUUCGAAGGUAUGACUGAACUUAGAGUUUUAGAUUUGACUAAACUGCAUAUAUUGUUGUUGCCUUCUUCACUUCAACUCCUAGUAAAUCUUCACACAUUAUGUCUAGAUCGUUGCAUUUUGAGGGACUUAAGUAUUAUAGGAAACCUGAAGAAACUAGAAAUUCUUAGCUUUCUCAGGUCUGACAUCGAGCAAUUGCCAGGAGAAAUAAGUCAAUUGACUCAGUUAAGGUUGUUAGAUUUGACUGGUUGCUCCAAACUAAAAGUAAUUCCACCUAAUGUCAUAUCAAGCUUAUCCCAAUUAGAAGUGUUGUAUAUCGGUCAUAGCUUUGUUAAUUGGGAGGUUGAAGGAUGCGACAAUGAAAGAUGCAAUGCUAGCCUUGAUGAGUUGAAGCAUUUGUCCAACUUGACCACUUUAGAUAUACAUGUUCAUGAUGCCAAGAUUCUACCCAAGGGAUUGUUCUCGGAAAAGCUGGAGAGGUACAGAAUAUUCAUAGGAGAUGAGUGGGACUGGUCUGGUAAUUAUGAAACUUCAAGAACUUUGAAGCUAAAGCUCAAUACCAGCAUUUUCCCAGAGGACAACAUUAUCUCUCAGUUGAAAGGAGUGGAAGAUCUAUAUUUAGAUGAAUUGCAUGGUGUUGAAAAUGUUCUUAAUGAGUUAGACGGAGAAGGUUUUCCACAAUUGAAGCAUCUUCAUGCCCAAAAUAAUCCAUAUUUUCUAUGCAUUGUUGACUCAGCACAUUGGGUACCUCACAAUGCCUUCCCCCUCUUAGAGUCAAUGUUUCUUUGUAAUUUGAUUAAUAUGGAGAAGAUUUGCCGUGGUCAACUCACUGCAGGGUCAUUUUGCAAACUCAGGACCAUAAAAGUGGAAAAUUGUUCUAAAUUGAAGAAUAUCUUCUCAUUCUCCAUUGCUAGAGGCCUUCCACAGCUUGAAACAAUUGAAGUGAAUGGAUGCAGUAAUAUGGAAGAGAUAUUUGCUAUUGAAAAUGAAGAUGAGAUCAAUGACAAUGAAGCGACUGAAAAGAUUGAGUUUAGUCAAUUGCGCUCCUUGACACUAAAAUCUUUACCAUGUCUCACCAGCUUCUGCUCUAAAGUGAAAAGUUCAAAUUUAGCCAUUUCGGAAGAUGAUCUUGAUAUUCCCACGGCACUUUUCAGUGAAAAGGUUGCAUUCCCUAACUUGGAGGUCUUGGAACUGUUUGCAAUAAAUUUUGAGAAGAUGUGGCACAACCAACUUCCAGCAGGAUUUUCUUGCAUUCAAAAUCUGACGCGCUUGAUUAUGUGGGACUGUGGUAAUAUAAAAUAUCUGUUUUCCUCUUCUACAAUUGGAAGCCUUGUGCAGGUUCAAUAUCUUGAGAUAUGCAAAUGUGUCGUCUUAGAAGAGAUAAUAUUCAUAGAUGAAUUCAGAGGAGAAGAGACUAAGGAUAUGAUUUUCCCUCGAUUAAACUACCUAAAGAUAGAGCAAUGCCCUGAAUUGAAGGCAUUCAUCUCAGAAAAAAACAGUACAGACCUGACAACUUCCAAAGAGGAGGGAAAGAUGAGAUCAGUGGAGGUUCAUCAGGAUGGUAUAGAGCCUUUCUUCAAUGGAAAGGUUAUUUUCCCAAACUUAGAGGAACUUGUAAUUUCCCACAUGGAUAGCUUAGAGAUGAUAUGGCACGACCAAGUUGGUGAGUCUUCAUUUUGCAAACUAAAAUUGGUGAAGGUUGAAUGCUGCAAUAAGCUACAGGCUGUGUUUACAUGUAAUUUGCGAGGAAGAUUUUCAAGCCUAAAGUCGCUGACUGUUUCCGAUUGUGGUUUACUUGAGGAGAUUUUUCAAAUCCAGGGGCCAAAUUUUGAAGGCACAAAUUGUGCAGCAGAAACUCAGUUAAGAUAUUUGCAUAUUAAACUCCUACCAAAAUUGAGGCACAUAUGGAGUAAGGAUUCCAUAGGAAGUGCCUCCUUUCAAAAUCUACGAGUAGUGACGGUUUCUGAAUGCCAGAGACUGAGAAAUGUGUUUCCAGCCUCCAUUGCUAGUAGUCUUUUGCAUCUUCAAGAGCUUGAGAUAAACACUUGUGGUGUAGAGGAGAUCGUUGCAGUGGACGAAGUGCGGAAAGAAACUGUGUUUGUCUUUCCGCAGGUGACCUCCCUGAAACUUUCUAACCUAGCAGAACUUAAAUUAUUUUACCCUGGCAUACAUACUUCAAAAUGGCCAAUGUUGAAAAAGCUGGCUGUGUAUCAUUGUGAUAAGGUGAAGAUAUUUGCUUCAGAAUUUAAUAUCGUCCAGGAUGAUAAUGGGGAGUACCAACUUGAUCUCCAAACUCAACAACCCCUCUUUAUGGUUGAAAAGGUCAUCACCAAUUUGGAGAAGUUGACAUUAAGUGGAAAGGACUGCCAGAGCCAAUUUCCGGAAUAUCUUUUUCGCAAUCUUAAAGCUCUUGAGGUAGUUGCAGAUGAAUCCACUGCCUUUCCACUUGGUUUCCUUCAGAGAUUUCACAAUUUGGAAGAGCUUGCAUUGAGUUUUAGUUCAUACAAAGAGAUAUUCUUACAUGGAGAGGCCCAGAAACAUGCUGGAACUCUUGCACAAAUAAAAACUUUGAAGUUGAGCUCACUUUCUGAUCUGAAGUACAUCUGGAAACAAGAAUCCAAGCUGGAUUUGAUUCUUCAAAAUCUUGAAAUAUUAAAUAUAUCGCAUUGUGAAAAUUUGAUCAACCUAAUACCAUCAUCUGCAACACUCGAAAAUCUAACAACACUAGAUAUUUCGAGUUGCAAGGGAUUGAUAAAUUUAGUAACACCAUUUACAGCCAAAAGCCUGGUGCAACUUGUGGAAUUGAAUGUAUAUGGGUGCGAAAUGAUGACAGAAAUAAUAGCAAAUGAGGGAGAUGCAACAGAAGAUGAGAUUAUUUUCAGCAAAUUAAAGAGGUUAUCACUUGAUCAUUUACCAAGUCUCACAAGCUUCUACUAUGGGAAUCACACUUUCAAAUUCCCCUCUUUAGAAGAAUUCAUUUUGAGAGGAUGCCCGACGAUGAAUAUUUUCUGUAGAGGAGUUUUAAGCACACCAAGGUUACGGAAAGUUCAACUAACGUUGGGAGUGGAUAAAGAGUAUUGGGAGGGUGACCUUAAUACAACCAUCCAACAUUUAGCUAGAAGAAAUUGGUAUGUAUUAGUUCACUAAUCAUUAUCUUUCCUAUCUCCUUUUCCGGAAAUUUUUUUGUUCCUCCUCACACUUGGUCUGGUAAACUUUAGCCCUACUGCACAAGCAAGCAAAUAAUAUUCCCCAAUCCCCACUUGAUCGUCAUUGUACCUUAUAUAAAAGCAUUAUGAGGUAAUAUAUCUUUACAGUUCCUGCUUUCACCUU